CCCAUUUAAAACCACGCUAUCGCCGCCCCCAAAAGAGACGGAGAGAGAUGGGGAGUUCAUCGGACGAAGCGGCGUGCCCUGUGCCGAUCCCAACUCUAAACCCUAACGUGAGUCCUAAGAGGGCCGGCAAGAAAAAGAAGACGAAGAAGCAGGCUCAGAGGAGGAUGGAAGAAGCGGUGGAGGAUAUGGGAUUGGAAGAGGCGUGGAAGGCUGCGUGGCCGCGGAAGAGCCGUCCCGGCGGAGGAGUCACGCUCGAGGGCUACGUGGAAGUGCCUGAGGGAGCGGGUCGUAGCGCGAAAGUCGCGGACGGCGCGGACGUCGUCGGGAGGACGAGGAGCCUCACUGAUGACGACCUGGACGAGCUCAAGGGGUGCUUGGACCUGGGGUUCGGCUUCAGCUACGAGGAGAUCCCGGAGCUCCGCGGCACGCUCCCCGCCUUGGAGUUAUGCUACUCCAUGAGUCGAUUGAUGGAGCCGGCGGGCGAAGCGUCCGUGGCGGCGGAGCCGUGCGCUGCGCCUCCCGUCGCCAACUGGAAGAUCUCCAGUCCGGGUGACCAUCCUGAAGAUGUUAAAGCAAGACUGAAAUAUUGGGCCCAAACAGUGGCAUGCACUGUCAAACUUUGCAACUGAUGGAGUAACCUCAAAAUUAUUUCUUGUUGAUCAAACAACCAGUGGUGCGAUGCCUUGGCAGAGCAAAUUCUGGACUCUGUGCUGCCUGAGAUGAUGCUCUCCAACACUGUCAGUCGGCACAGCCAGGCUCAGAUCUGAUGCAACUGAAGAAGCAGAGGCACAGUGAUCCAGGAGGAAGAAGAAGACAAGUGGUCCUGAAUUCUGAGAAUAAUGAUAAUUUCUUCUAGCAUGUAUGACCUGCAUCAUGUAGACGAUACUGUUUCAUGUAUGAUGUUAAUGGUAGAUUAAAAUGCAUUUCUGCUUCCUACCAAAA